UUGGCCGCAUCGAUAGUGUAGGAGUUAAGAAUGCUAACAAUAACAUUGUUAAGGAUGGAGGAAGGUACUUCUAUGAAAUUCAACGCAGGAGCGGUAAAGCGACUUGAAAGAAUCUUAAAUGACUCAUCGUAUCGAGAAGCUGUGGAAAAUUCUGCCAACUAUAACAGUCAUCUAUGUAUAGAAAGGAAAACUCGACUUCCAUUCUUAGAUGCUCAAACUGGGGUUGCUCAGAGUGAUUCGAAUUUAUGGAUGCCAAAAUGGCAGAGAAUGCCUGGCCAAAAUGUAGGACAGUUAUACACUUAUCCUGCUAGACGUUGGAAAAAGAAACGUUGGCAGUACCUGAUGAAUGACAGGUACUUAACUAGAAGGAUACGAGAAAAAGAUGUCACUGAUGGAGAUAUGUGCCAAAUCAGCGUUGUGGAAAAUGCUAUGUUUGGACUGGAAGAUGGAGGAGAGAACAACAUUGAAAAACUCACUGAAGAUUCUAAAGAUCUGUGGUUCAGGGAGUUUGAAGAUCUAAGUGAAUUUCCUGAUCUUGGAGGACAUGAUGACCCAGAGUCUGAUGUAGAAGAUUAUGAAGAAACUUAUACACGUAAAAAGAAAAGAAAAGUUCAGCAGAGCACUAGAGGCAGAAAAAGGGGAGAAAGAAUAGAAUAUACAGAUGCUGAAAAACCAUAUAGCUGUGAGAUCUGUGGUGCCCGGUACAAGAGUCGUCCAGGACUUUCAUAUCACUACUCGCACAGUCAUAACAAUAACUCUGAUAAUGCAGAAGAAGAGGCAAACUCCAUUCCUCCAAAAGUAUCAACCAUGUCUUCUUCCUCCUCCUCUGCUGGAACACAGUCAGAUGAUCCACUGGCAGGUUUGAGGAAAUUUCAGGACAGCUUCUUAUCUUUCCUAAGCAGCCCCAGUAAUGCUCAGAAAAAUAUAUCUGACAAGCCACUGGCAUCUCCUAGCCCUUACUGUGACUUCUGUGUGGGGGAUAGCAGUGAAAACAAGAAAACCAGAUUGGCAGAGGAAUUGGUGUCAUGUGCAGAUUGUGGCCGUUCUGCUCAUCCCACAUGUCUGCAGUUUACCCCCAUCAUGACUGCAGCUGUGAAAAACUAUCGUUGGCAGUGUAUCGAAUGCAAGUCUUGUGGUUUAUGUGGUACUUCAGAUAACGAUGACCAGUUGCUGUUUUGUGAUGACUGUGACCGAGGAUAUCACAUGUACUGCCUUAAUCCUCCUCUCUUAAAUCCUCCCCAAGGUUCUUGGAGCUGCCACUUGUGUACUGAAGAAUUUCAUGGAAGAAGGAAACAGAUGGAGUAACUUAAUUUAGCUUAAACACUAGUCCUAAGUACAACAAAUUUCUGCUUUUUUUGAAAGUUUCUGGUUUCAUAUAUCAAUGUUUUCUGUCUUAUUGUGUGUUUUAGGUGGUAGAAAACAGAAUUGUUGACCUAUUCUUUCAUGUCUGAAAGUGGUAGCUGUAUUAUAUACCACAACAACUAAGAACUGGAUGGUUGUCAAACUUGUAUGAUUUCUUUUAACUAUAUCUGUAUAUAAUAAUUUUAGAUUUUAUUUUUAGUGUUGUUUACAAUGCAGCAGGUUCCGAGUCCAUUACAAAUAUUACUGUUGAUUUUUUUCUUAGUUUAAGAAUCACUAGACUGUCUUCAUACUUGGAUGUAUUCAGCAUUCAAGAAGAUUCUUUAUUUUCUGAAUCUUAUCUAGAAUUCUACCAAUAAAUGGCAAAACCACAGACAUGAGGAAAUCUUUUUUUAGCAAGUACAUUUGGUGAAUUUGAAAUGCUGGAUAUUUGUACUUGCUAAAAUGCUGAUAUAAUAUAUGCUUUUGAUCAAAGCAAGCUACAUACAUAGAUAAGAACUAAAAAUCACCAAUUAAUAAGUUAAUUUAAUAAUUUAUUCUUAUUCGAAUGCAUUGUUUCAUCAGCUGAGUAUUCUCACUGUUAGCAGUAUUUUAAUAUACUGGGUAAUGAUAUCUUUCAACUAGUUGGAUAAUUAUGUCAUUCACCUAGUUUAAUAUGUUGGGUAGUUAUGUCAUUCAUCUAGCUUAUUGUACUGGAUAAUUUUGUCUUUCAGCUAGCUUAAUGUGCUGGGUAAAGAGUCUGCUAAAAUAUUUACAUAUUUUAUUUUAAUUCUGUUGCUAGAAGCAAGAUAGAUCCAUGAUAAAAAUCUUUGAUGAUUAUCUCAGCUUGUUAGAAAUAUGAUCAUCUUCAUAACUAAAGAUGAUACUACUAUGAAAAACUAGAUUUGUAUGUUUUCUUUAGACCUGAUCUGAAAUAUAAUUUAGGUGAAACUGUGAAGAAAUUACCUCAGUAAUGAAUUGCACAUGAAUACAAUAAAAUUAGUUAAUGUAAUACUUCCAGUAGUGGAUAUCAGUAUUUGGUAGAAUACAUAACAGAAAUAUAAAUGUGUUACAAAAGAGUAGACAACAAUUUCCUCCUAUCUUCAUGUUCCUAUUUACAGACUAAUUUUGUUUCUCUUUUCAGUUUAGAUAUUGUUUUGUGCUCUAGCCAUUAGUUAUAAUUUUUGCUUUUCUAAAAUUCCACUCAGUUUCUUAACCUGUCAACUCUGUUAAAAAUGUUGAGUGCUCAAUUACCUAUUACAUAACCCUAAAUUUUUUAUAUUGUCAUUAUUCUAAACCAUCAGUUUCUUUUAUCAACCUAAACUAUGUUACCUUUGAUAUUAUCCUAAACUAUUUGUUUUUGCCAUUAACUUAAACUCUUCGUUUCUGUCAUUACCUUAAAUUAUCUAUUUCUUUCAUUAUUCUAAACUCCUUGUUUCUGUCAUUAUUUUAAACUAUCUGUUUUUGAUAUUACCCUAAACUCCUUGUUACUGUCAUUAACCUAAAUUAUUUGUCAAUAUCCUGAACUAUCUGUUUUUGUUAUAAACCUAAACAUUAUGUUUUUUCAUUAUUGUAAACUUUUUGUUUCUGUCAUUAACCAAAACUAUUUGCUUUCUUUGCCAUAAACUGUUUGUGCCAUUAUUCUUAACUAUCUAUUUUUUGUCAUUACCAUAAAUUCAUUGUUAUUAUUCUAAACUCUGUCUAUCUGCAUUAUGUUAAUUAAGAAUUAUGUUUCUAACGAUGAGUCUUAUUAACAAAAUGUUUAAGCACUAAGUUUGGUAUUAGGUGUGACUUCUGUUUUUAAAGAACAAUCAAAUACCAACACAUUACAGUUUACUUGUAUAAGGUGAGUGUUAUUAACACUGUUAAGAUCUAGAUUUUACUAGUUUUAUGUUAUGAACUAGAUCUGUUAAUGGGGUUCAGGAGGUUUAAAGAGGGUAAGGAACCCAAUUUUUAAGCUUAUGUUUACCACACAUGCACUACCUCAGUUUUAUUUGUAUGAAAAUAAUGCAUGUCUUAAAGUUUAAUAAUAUUGAUGGUUAUAUAAGUUGAAACAAUCAUUGUUGAGCGUGGUGGCACUUCAGAUGAUUCACUAUUAUUGUUCCUGCAUUGUAGUCAUUUGGACAUUCUUUCCAGACUUCCUAGUGAAAACCAGCCGACUAUCAAAUGGUUUUCGUUUUCUUUAUAGAGGUUAAUUGUUUCAUUAAAAAGAGUUUAGUAUCUAUUUGAUGAAAUUGUUUGGUUAUAAGAUACUGGUUAUAUAGAAAUGUCAGCACUUUAAUACGUAUGUGAUGAGAUUGUAAAGUUGUAUUGGUUGUAAGAUACUGGUUACAUAGAAAUGUCAGCACUUUAAUACGUAUGUGAUGAGAUUGUAAAGUUGUAUUGGUUGUAAGAUACUGGUUACAUAGAAAUGUCAGCACUUUAAUACGUAUGUGAUGAGAUUGUAAAGUUGUAUUGGUUGUAAGAUACUGGUUACAUAGAAAUAUCAGCCCUUUAGUAUGUAUGUGAUGAGACUGUGAAGUCAGCAUUUUGUUUUUUCACAUGAUUCAGGUUAAUUAGUGUAUCAGAAUAUAGUUCAGAAGUUUAUUUUUGAAGAACUACAAGGUACUGAUGUGAAUAUAGACAUAAAGGUUUACUAACUAAAAAGUGAUAGAAUAUUAUUAAUUUCAAACUUAAAAGAAAAUUAAACAGUAUUUUAAUGUUAAGUACAAUAUUAAUUGUGUAAAAUGGAAAACUGACUUUAAAAGCUUAUGCAAAUUUAGUUAUUAUUAUGAUGAGGUGGGAGGUUUGAUAAUGUUACUGGAAUUGAAAAUUAGUAUUAUACUGUGUACUAAAAUGUUUUUUUUUUGGUAUGGGCCUGUUCUGUGUAAUAUCUUAAUUAGCUGUUACUAACCAGUGGUAGAAGGGACACUUAGAAACUCACUGUUGUGAGCUAUUCUUGUUUCUCUUAUUAAAAAACUUUUACUGCCUUAUGUCAUUAAAACUGUACUGUUGUUUUAGAAGAGAUGUUAAUUUCUCCUAUAUUAAACAUAAUUUGUACUGCCCUGUUCAUGUAGAAGAUGUGAUAGUUUUUCUUGUGGCAAAACGUAUACUGUUUUAUGUCCUUAACUUCACUGGAACUGAUGAGAGUGGACUUUCUGUGAAAGAAACUAUUUUGUGUUUAAUAAACACAACCUUUUGUCACUUUAAACAAAUGGAUGACUGUUUCUUGAAUAGAAGCUAUCAUUCAUAUUUCUUUCAACAAUAUUUAGCAACAUAUAGAUGUCAUAGAUAUUACAUAAGUUUAAAGAAAUGAGAAGAUGAUAUUUUAAGUGUCUUUAACUUGUUAAUUUAUAUGAACUAUGUGGUGUUAUUUUGCACCAGUAUAUUAUUCUGAUAUAAUUCAUUUCACAUUGAAGUAAAAAUUGUCAUUAUAUUUAAAAUAUUGAGAAACUUCUAAUACUUAUUUACCUACAUUCACUACUGACACUUCAUCAAAACUUUCCAUAAGUGUUUGAAACUCAUGAUGUUUUUCAGCAAACAAAUAUUUUUAACUUUGCAUCAUUAUGCUAGGGAUCAACAAUACUAUGGUGUAACUGAUAUUUUAAUCAAUUUUUUAUGCAAGAAAAAUUAGUCCUUUAGCUGUAACAGACUUAUUUACUUCAAAGAUGAGCUUCUAGCUUAAAGUUGUAAUCUGAUAUUGUGUUCUGGAUUUGUUGCACAUUUGUUGUUUUACUGUAAAUGUGUUUCUCAUUAUCAGCCAGAAGUCUAGAUUUUGUUAGAAAAGCUGUGAGUCACUGGAUUUAUGUUUUUAUUUAUUGUUACAAUCUUAAUCAAGCUUUUUGGUUUUGGUGUAUCAAUCAACCCAAUUUCACAGAAAUAAUAGUUAUGGUUUUGGUGUUACAAUCAACCAAACUUCACAGAAAUAAUGGUUAUGUUUUUGGUGUAACAAUCUCAACCAAACUUUGUUAGAGAUAAGCCAACAUAUAUUGGAAAAGAAAUCUUUGCCAUUGAGAAGUGCAUAAAGUAUUGAAUACCUCUCAUCAGUAAUAUUAAGAUUAGUUGAAAUAAUACUGAUCUAUUUUUAACACAGUAUUAAAAUGAAUUUUUUAAUUAAUCCCAACUCCAGUUUAACAAUGUUAAAAUUCGUUUUUAACUAAUUCCAAAUUGUGUUUAACACUGUAGUAAAAUAUAUUUUUAAAACCAUUUCCAACUCCUGUUUAUUGUAGUAAUAAAAUACACUUUGACUAAUCCCAACUCUUGUUUUACACAAUAAUGAAAUACACUUUUUAACCAUUCUCAACCCUUGUAACUUUUGAAACUGAUCUCCAUUCUUGUUUAACAUAGUUGUAAAAUACACUUUCUUUUAACAAUCCCAACUCCUGUUUAAUAGUAUUGAAGAGCAGUUUUAACUUUCUAGUAUACUUGAGUCAAAUGUCAUUAAUUCUGCAUUUCUGUAUUUUAUUACUUACAGUAAUUGAAUCAUAUAAUUGAUAUUUUUUGAAGCACCUUCUUACAGAGGAUUUCAUAUAUAUAUUUCCUAUCAAACUUAAAAGCUAUCUACUAAGGAAACCCUUGUGUUUAACAGUGCUAAUAUGUAUGUCAUUCAAGACAGGGUAUAAUAUCUAGUUAAAUCAUCCACCUAGCAAAUUUUCACAGUUUCAAAUCCCUCUCAGUCUCACUUUUCAUUUUUACAAAAAUGAAUAAUUCAAAGAAAAUGGUUCAUGUUCUGAAAGAUCUGAAGAAGUUAAGAUUGACAAACUGUAUUGGUCUUGCAUCAAAAUAGUUCUAAUCCUAAGGAAAUUGUACAACAUUAGGGAUAAAAAUUAUUUGGUAAAUCACAUUAAAAAAAACUGAUUGAAUCUUAAUGCUUUUGAUAAAUGAACAUGUCUUCUGCAUUAGCUCAAUGCUAAGCUUGAGAGUUUAUAAUGCUAAAAAUUUGGGUUUGAUAUCUGCAAUGUGCACAAGGUUUUUCAGAAGAAAGAUGGCAGCAGGUUCAUCUGCUAUGGUUUCAGUUUGUUUUUCUCUGUUAUCUACAUUCUGAAUUGAAACUUUCAGUUUGUUUUUCUCUGUUAUCUACAUUCUGAAUUGAAACUUUCAGUUUGUUUUUCUCUGUUAUCUACAUUCUGAAUUGAAACUUUCAGUUCUCUUAAUAUCACAUUAAUCAAAUUCCUAAAUGUUGAUUUGGUAAAUUUACCCUUAACUUUAUAAGAUCAUAUUUUGGUUCUUCUAGUCAACUUGACAAUCAUUUGGCUUAGAGUUUAAGGAUGGUGAACUUCUAAAACUAUUUAGUUUCGAUUUAGUUAAUUAAGUAAAGGAAUGAUUUUUGCAUAAUGCUUAUGACCAUGUAAGAGUUGUGUAGUGCAAAUAGUGAUCAGUCUGGUAAACAAUGAGGAAACAUUAAGAAUUUAGCAUUUUGUUGUUAGUUUUCAUCAAAAUAAAAAUAUCUUUACAUACUUUAUGCUCAUUAAAAUGAAAAAAUAUAUAUAACUUGUAGAAGUAAAGACUACAUGGAGAACCAAGUUUUAUACUUACAAAGCACCUGAUCUAACAUAUUCCUAUAGAUUUCUAUACAUUGCUGUUCUGAGAGUGAGGGAAGUACCCUGUGCCUGAAAUAUGAAGCAAAAUGCCAAAUAAUGAAAUGAUUUCUUUCAAUGCAAUUUAUGUUACUUCAACACAAACCACAUUGUAUUUAAUAAACAUUGAAAAAUUAAUUUAGUGUUAACAACAGUAUCAUCUUAGUCAGUAGUGUUUGUGUGUGAAUUCAGACCUUCCAGCAUGUUGAGGUAAGUUGCUUUUUAAUGGCAGUAUCAUCUUAAUCACUAAUGUAUGUGUGUGAGUUCACACUUUCCAACAUAUUGAGAUACCUUGGUUUUAAUGGCAGUAUCAUCUUAAUCACUAAUGUAUGUGUGUGAGUUCACACCUGCCAACAUAUUGAGAUACCUUGGUUUUAAUGGCAGUAUCAUCUUAAUCACUAAUGUAUGUGUGUGAGUUCACACUUUCCAACAUAUUGAGAUACCUUGGUUUUAAUGGCAGUAUCAUCUUAAUCACUAAUGUAUGUGUGUGCGAGUUCACGCCUUCCAACAUAUUGAGAUACCUUGGUUUUAAUGGCAGUAUCACUUUAAUCACUAAUGUUUGUCUGUGAGUUUAUAUUUACCAGCAUAUCUAAAUAAAUCAAAGAAUUAAUAUAAAAAAUCUCCAUUAACCACUAACUCGUGCAGUUUCCAUGUUGUUAUUGUCUUGUAUGCUGGAAUAAGUAAUAUGUUUUUUGUGUAUUUAUUGCAUCAAUACUUGGUGAGUUACAGACUAGUAUGCUUCAAAAUUUUGGGAUACAACUGUACUGUAACAGGUUAUUUAAAAAUUAAAAUACUCAAUGUUAUAAAAGCUGACUGAAGGACUCACUUUUGAGCAUUACUUAGUGAAAUAUAUAUAUAUAUAUAUAUAUAUUAGAUAUUGUAGUACCAUCAGAUAAUUAUCAUCUCUUUCUCAUAAAUCUUAGUUGCUUUGUGGUCAGCAUGCUUAGACUGUGAAUCAGAGCUUCAUAUAUGUGGCCCGUUGCUGCAUAAAUGCAUUCCACAAUUCACAAUCUUAGGUGAACUAUAAGAGUCACAAUGAAAUCCCACUGUUCAAUUAGAUAAUAGUUAAUGGUGGGUGCUGUUGACUAGCUGCCUUCUUUCUAGUUUAUCAAUUCAAAAUUAAAGAUGUUUAUGCACAGAUAGCCCUUUGUGUAAACUUGUGCAAAAAUUAAGAGACAGACCAGUUCAUAUAUGUACAUGUACUAUACCAACUGAAUAUUCUGGUAUUAAGUCAUAUAGCUGUAAGAUUAAUCCACUGAAAAGUUUUGAACUGAACUUACUGAAUUAGUUUUCAUUUUAGUAAGUAAUUUACACUUGAAUUCCUAAUGAAAAUAUGUAAUGUUUUAUGAAAAUAUGCAAUAUGAAGAUAGCCCAUAAGUUUUGAUUUCUGUUACUUGACUUCCAUGUGAAAUUAGUUCAACUUAUAAACCUUGUUUUGAAAGUAUCAAAAUGGGUGGUAGUAAGUUAGGUCUUUGAAGGUCAUGGGUGUGGUUUUUAAUAAAUAUAUAACAGUGCUAAGCAAGCUGUGAAAGCUAGGACUCUAUUCAUUGUAAUGGAAAUCUGUUUCACCAAUCCCACUCAUGAGUCUCAGUUUGGAAUUUCCAGCCUUGCAUCAUGACACAUUUAAUAAUGUUAAGAGGAAAUGGCUAUUUGUCACUGAAAGCAACAGUUCUAUCAAAGAGUUUGGUUUGACACUCAUUAUUUAUGUAUAUUUUCUACUUGACUUAAUAACAGGAUAUUUAAGGACUAAAAUUGUUAUAAAAGUUGACUGAGUAAUUCACUUAUUAGCAUUACAUAUUGAAAUAUAUAUAUAAUCGUUUUUUGUAAUGCAUUGUAGUACCAUCAGGUUAUUAUAUAUCUCUUUUUUUGGAAAGUUUUAUAAAGUACAACGACUGUACCUGAAACAGUUUUAUUACUUCCAUUCAUUUUGGAAGCAGUAAUUUACAUAGUUCAGUUGUAUAAAUACACUUGUGAUACUGAAGUUCUUGGUAUUAGUUUUUAUCUAACAGUUCAAUAUUUCAAAGUUAUGUGCUUCUGUCCUUUUCAUUUGCUGUAUGCCUGUGAAAUUGGAGCAGUAUGAGAAGAAGCUAAAAUUGUAUACUAAGUGUAUUUAAUGUGGUGAUAUCAUGAAACAUGUUAGUAAAGAUUGUUCAGUUGAUGAAACAUGAUUUUAAACAAGUCGUAAUAUCCUACAGAGAAGCUGCUAUUACUAUUUGAUCAGCUUAUAAAUGUUAUCUGGUAGAAUUAACUUGCAAAGUACAUUCUCUUACACCAUUUAUGGCCAUUCUUCCUUUGCAGUAGUAGUAUGAGGAUCUGUUGCUAUUAUGAUUGUCCUUCGUUCAGGAUAGUUAAAGAUUGCUACAAUAAUCAAAUAAUUAUGUUAUUAGGGAAGUAAAAAAAUGCCUCAGUAAUUAUGAUAAUUAUAUGUUGAGGGUGAUUAAAUAGUUUAGUAAUUAUUUUAAUUACAUAUUGAGGGUAAUUAAAUGGUUUAGUAAUUAUGAUAAUUAUAUGGUAAAGGUACUUAAACAUAGCUUCAGUAAUUAUGUGUUGACAGCAAUAAAAUGUUCUUCAAUAACUAUACCGUAAAGAUAAUUAAAAGUAGCUAUGAUAAUUAUAUGUGGAGGAUAGUUACAUUAUUACAAUUUAUUGAGGUUAUAAAACUUGGGAAGUUUUUGGAAAGUGGUUGUGAUGGCUGCAUUAUUUUGUUAAUGUUUUUAUUUUUUUCUUCUGGUAACUAAGGGUACUUUCCAGUGUAAAUUUCAGUAAUAAAGAAACACAUAAUAAAAAAUGACAUAACAUACAUGUGAAACCAACAAUUUAAAAUAUUACCACUUGCUAAUUAAGACAAUAAAACAAAUAAAAAGAAGUAUAUUAUUAAGUAAUUGUAUUUAACUUGUUCACUGUAUAAUUUAGCAUAAUUAUGAAUUGUAUUAAUAAAGGCUGUCCCAGGGUGGGACAACAGUAUGUCUAAAGAUUUACAAUGUUAAAAUCUGGGGUUCCAUUGCCACAGUGGACACAACAGAUAACCCAUUGUGGCUUUGCUCUAAAAAAACAAAUAUAAAGACUUUGUUUGUAUUAACUUAAUUGACAACCUUUAUGCACAUAUGGUCUAAAGGUGGUCAAAUAGUUAAAGUGCUCCAUUCAUGAACAGUUUUGAAUCACCACUAACAUCAACUGUUAGUAAAUGCAGCCACUUUUUCAUAGUAUACAUAAUUAAUGUGUGUUAUUGAAUGCUUUAAAGUGUGUGUAAAAUUUUUAAAAGACAUAUUUCAAGAUAUUAAGGGAUAUUUAUUUCUAUGUCUUUAUGCUGUUUGUGCAGAAACAUUUAAAAUGUAUGGUUCUUCAUGUGUUACAUUUGGUAAAAAGAAUAAUAAAUUGCUCAACAUGUAGUCCUGUUUGUUAUAAUUGUUAAUCAGUUGUCAUGUAAGUUAUUGUACUAGAAAUAUUCCAACAAGUGAUUGUGUGUAUUAACUUGAGAGAAGAGUUAAAUUUUAUCUAUGUACUACCAUGACCAUUUGUCUUUUGAUGUUCCUAUGUAUUGUUGUAAUAAGAAUUUCUAGUGGACUAUUU